AGGAUCGAGUUACAAGGGAAUAAACCUGCGCCUACCCCUGACCUAGUUGAACCGGGCAAAACACACUGAGUCUGUGGAUGAUUCAAUAUCGACAGUCUUGCACAAGUUCAAUUUGUCCUUGGAUAUUUCGCAACCAUUGCUAUGCAUCAAUGGAAUUCGAAAGUUUGGAUAUAAGUACAAGUAUAUACAGGUCGAGAGGAUCUGAGUGUAUUGCUGACUUGUUGUACCGACAGGACGGACGUUGUUGAGAUAGAAGAUUCAAGGACAGACGUUGAUCACACAUACAGUGAACUAUGUCCUCCUUUCUGAAGAAGUACAACGAGACAAAAUGCGGCCCCGUGGGUACAGCCGUCAUCACCAUCAUAAGCCUUGCCCUUCCAAUUGCCAUGGUAGCUAUGGGAGCCAUUCACAAGGAUAACUGCCCUGCUGAAAAGUACAUCCCUACCUACAUGAUCGUGGCAGGUAUCUUCACCAUCAUCGUCUCUGUAGUGCGCCUGGUAGGGAAGACAUGCCUCGCUGAUUCUGACGGAAACGUGUGGUUUCCCUGCCAAAUCGUCUCCGGCGUCAUAAGUCUCUUCCUAUUUGCCUGGGUUAUUGCAGGCAACGUGUGGAUCUACGGCCUCUACAACAAAUACAACCCAACAGACAAGACUGCCGCCAACUACUGUGACAACACAUUUUACUUGUUCGCAUUCUGGAGCACCACGGCAAGCUACAUCCUGAUCGGCGUCUGCAUCCUCCUAUGCUGCUGCAUGUGUAUCUGUUGUCGAAAUUAGUCGACAACACUCAUGUACUGUAGGUGGAAUUUUUUGUGGAAUGACUAGCAGUCACGGUGUUGGUAUUUGAAAAUAUAUCACAUUAUUUAUCAGACGAAGUCAAAAGUGUCAGUUGCCUGCAAAGUCUCAGGAACUCAAACCGGUUCAGUUUCAGACGCGCUUUCGUGAGAAAUUGCACUGAUUAGGACAUCUUGAUUGUAAAAAAAUAAAUUAGUUUGCAAUGUUUGAUUUGUGUAAUGAGCAGCCAUCACGGUAUUGUUGUUUGAAAAAACAUUAUUUAAAUAAGAAACUAAGUGAAAAAUGUCAGUUGGCUGCAACACCGUAGGACCUCGAGCUGGUUCCAUUUAGACGUGGUUUCGUAAGAAAUUGUACUAUUUGGGAUAUUUUAUUUGUGUGGGUAUGACAGGGUAUGCAAACACUAUGACAGUAAUUUCCAGAUUACAGACACAUAACCGUCCUGCAAAGGGUUGCCAUCGACCCCUCCUGUCUUGAACGGCUCGUAUGUAGGCUUUGUGUAGCUAAAAUACAUUACAGUACAAUGUCAUGGCUGAAAGUGUAGAAAGGAAGUAUUUGUUUGCGAGAUGCAAUCCAGCAAUAUGUUGUACUGGUGACAUGUGUAGAAAGGAACAGAGGCAUUAGGAUACGUUAGGUUUCCAAAUCAUUUGGUAUGACUCGGUGGCCAUUUUAACUGAUCUGUUCUACAAGCAAUACAAAUAAUAGUUUUGAUCACAACUCAUUUUAAAGGACAAUUAUGUCCAGCCAUCAUUUUUUCUUCAUAAUACCUAAACGAAAUGUGUUUCUCCUGUUUGAAAAGACUACUUUCUUUAACACAUCGCCCACCUUAUCCCUUCAUAUCCUUUCCGAAAAUAUUAUGGAAACGAUUUGGAAGAAUGCUUUUUAUACAUUACUCACUCUUUCACUUAUAUACAUAGUUCAAUUCCAGCUACAUGUUAGCAUUAUGACUAGUAUAGUCCUUGGUCACAUGUUUUCACAACAGGAAGUGAUAGCUCUCGCUCUGCAGCUACUAUCUCUUGAAGUGAUCAUGAUUACAUAGAUGUGAAGACUAAUCAAUCUUACACUUUGUAGUGUAUCUUGUUAAGUGUCGGUAUAGAAGUGAUAGAAUUACACAUUGUUAUGGUCAGAUUGCAAAAAAUGUUUUCUUAUGCACAUUUGUACAUUAAUGCCACUUUUAAGGGCGUUUUUUCGGCACAUUUGUUUUUAGAUUGUAGCUGUUUUUAUGACGUUAUUUAUAUUUUUAUCAAAUCGUCUUUGAUUUUGAUUUUGUACACAUUUUUCAUCUAUGAAUAAAAAUGUAUAAUAAAGUG